GGGAAGCCCAGUUUCCUGGGCAACCAAGAAAGUAAAGCUCACUCCCAGUCCGUACUCCGGUCUCCACUAUUUCACUUCCCUAACGCGGAAGAGAAAAACAGUUAAUUAGGGUUUCAAACUCCCCGCCAAAAUUUCUCGCUACUAUGGCUGCUGUAAUCGAUGAGAACCCAGAGAAGACCUCUACAACUCCGAAGCCCUCCCCAAGCCCUGCUUCCAUAGUCCCAGGUACCGGCUCUUCUCAACCUCCUCUUCCUCCUCCUACGAAAACCUCCGCCGCCACCACCACUAACGGGUCGUCGAGCGCCAAGGACCACAUUCUCUCUGUCGCAUCCAAGAUCGCUUCCCAGCCUCUCCAGAAUUCUGAUCCCGACGUAUGGGCCGUCCUCACCGCUAUCUCGACCAAUGCUCGCAAACGCCAUCAGAGCAUAAAUAUGCUUCUGACUGCGGAUGAACAUUGCAUCGGUCGGUUAGUCGAGGAUACACGUUUCCAGAUUGAAUCAAUCGCGGUUAGUGCAUAUCAUUGCAAGAUAUAUAGGAGGAGGCUCGGUGCUGAUGAUUCGGAAUAUACAGUCUUCUUAAAAGAUACGAGUACGAAUGGAACAUAUCUCAACUGGGACAAGUUGAGGAAGAAUGGUGCCGAAGUCAAACUCCGUCAUGGAAAUAUUAUUUCAUUUGCCGCUCCUCCUGAGCAUGAACUUGCAUUUGCGUUUGUAUAUCGAGAAGUUCUUGUGUCCAUGCCCUUGGCAGAUGGUGCAGCUGCAAAAAGAAAAUCAGAAUCAGAAUCAGUAGAUUGGAUGGUCGGAUAUAACUGUGGAUGGAAAAAGGAAUUUGUUUCUGAAAACAAGAGACUAAAGGGUAUUGGCAUUGGUGCUCCUGAGGGUCCUAUUUCUCUUGAUGAUUUUCGCAGCCUUCAACGGUCAAACACGGAACUGAGGAAGCGAUUGGAAAAUCAGGUCCUUACAAUCAAUACAUUACGCGAUGAAAAUCAUGCAUGUGUUCGGCGUCAUGAAAAUGAAAUGAAAGAAAUCAAAGAAUCAGUUGCAAGAUCAUACCUUGAUCAACUAAAUGGAUUGCACCAUACGUUGGAGGUCAAACAGAGAGAACUGGAGUCAGUCGGUAGGAUAUCUGCUGAGCAGAAACAUGCUAUGGAAGACCUUAACAGAAGGCUCAAUGCUUCUAUACAGUCAUGCACAGAAGCAAAUGCAAUAGUGAAGAGUCAGAAGGCAUCUAUAACUGAACUGGAGGCACAAUUAUUUGAAGAGCGAGACCAGAGAAGAGAAGAACGAGAAAAGGCAGCUGCAGAUUUAAAAACAGCAGUGCAGAGAGCACAGUCAGAGGCACAGGAAGAAUUCAAACGAUUGUCUGAUGCAUCCUUAAGACGAGAAAGAGAGCUGCAAGAAGUGAUUAAUAAGCUCAAGGAAUCGGAGAGAGAAAGGUGUUUGCUAGUGGAUAACUUGAGGUCCAACCUGGAAGACACCAGGCAAAACUUAGUUAUCUCUGACAAUAAAGUCCGCCUGCUGGAAACUCGAGUUUGUGAAGAGCAGCUGGCCUCGGCAAAUGGAAGAAAAAGAGUCGAAGAACUUGAGCAUGAAAUGAAACAAAUGCGGCAAGAGCUUGAGAUUGAAAAGCAGUGUGCACGAGAAGAAGCAUGGGCUAAAGUUUCUGCACUUGAGCUUGAGAUAAAUGCUGCAGUGCGGGAUCUUGAUUUUGAGAGACAAAGGUUAAAAGGCGCCAGAGAAAGAAUUAUGCUCCGGGAAACACAACUACGAGCAUUUUAUUCCACAACAGAGGAGAUUUCAGUACUGUUUGCUAAGCAGCAGGAACAACUGAAGGCAAUGCAAAGGACUUUGGAAGAUGAGGAGAAUUAUGAUAACACGUCAGUUGAUAUGGACCUCAAUGUACCGAAUGGAGUCAUAAAUGAAAGAGGGGAAAAAGAAGCAACUAUGUUCUGUAGUAAAGUAACUGCUAAGGCAGGCCCAGCCACUUCAGCGCAGGGGUUUGAAAGAAAUCAAGUUGAAACCUCCAGCAAUGAAGGCAGCACUACCGAGAAGCAUGAUUGUGAUUUCAGGACCCAAGAACAAUGCCAAAACACCCAAGAGGAAGAAUUUACGAGUGCAGACCACAGUGUCAAGGCUGGAUUUGGUUCUGAAAUUGAGGGUGUUGGCACAGCACCUGUUUUGGAGGGAGAUGCCUUAGGCACUGAGCGAGUUCUUGAAACUGAAAGCCCUGGAAUUGAUGUUGACCAAAGUAUUGAUUUGAGAAAGUGCAGCACUUUAGCUGGGGAGACAAUGCAGCUUGAUGAUGAAGCUCAUGUGCAAGAUACUGAUGACCAAACACUUUGUCAGGGUGCCACGUGUCACUCUCAAUCAAAUAAUCCCUGUGAAAAUUUAAAAUCUAUGGAAGAUACAGAAGUUGGGGGAACGAUUAGAACGGCGGACCUCUUAGCUUCUGAAGUUGCAGGUAGCUGGGCUUGCAGCACAGCUCCUUCAGUCCAUGGAGAGAAUGAAUCUCCAAGAAGUAGAGGCAAUAACGAGGAAGCUGCUGCAGCUCAACAUGAUUCCAAUGUUCAGGUGGCCGAGAGUCAAAGUUCGCCCUGUUCUGAGGCUAUUGCCAAAAGAUGGAAAGAAUCUACAAGAAGUACAGGCAAUGCUGAGGGAGGUGCCGCUGCUCUACAUGAUUCCAAUGUUCAGGUAGCUGAGAGUCAAAGCACCCCCUCUUCUGAGGCUGUUGCUAGUAGACGGAAUCAUGAACGUCAAGCACUAAGUGAAAUGAUUGGAAUUGUUGCUCCUGACUUGAAGGGGCAGUUUGGUAGUUCAAUGGGUAAUGAUUAUGAUCAAGGGAGAGGGAAUCAGGGUUCUACUUCGGACUCAGAUACUGAGAGCUGCACUGAUGAUGAUGAUGAUUGUGAAGUUGAUGUUAAAGGCAUAUCAAUUUCAGAUGCAGAGACUGUGGAUAGUGAUCAAGCUGAGGAGGAUCACAAACCAGAUGAUGCAAUGGAUGAGGAUGACGAAGCUACCCAACAAGAUUCUCUUGGAUAGAAGGUCUGUUGUAAAGAUUGUUUUUUCAUCGUUUUGGCCCAGACGGGUGGAUGAAAGCUCUUUUAUAAUUUUCUCUUUGUUCUCCCUUUUCCAUUCAGAAAUUUGUAGUGAUGUAUUUAAGACCCUAAUUAUAAUGUACAUUGCUGUAUAUGGCCUUUUCACUGAAUGACAUUCUCUUAGGCAACUUUUGGACACU